ACUCAUUGUCCACCUCCCAUUCUUUUUCUUGGCAACAGGUGGUCUCAAAUUGCUGCACGUUUGCCUGGGCGAACCGAUAACGAAAUAAAGAACUUUUGGAACUCAACAAUAAAGAAAAGGCUCAAGAACAACACAUCUAAUUCUUCGACGAGGUCUCCAAACAUGAGCGACGAUUCAUCUUUAGAACUCAUGAUCGACCAUCAUCAUGCCAUGGGAGAUGAUUAUAAUCAUGUCAUGACCAUGCAUGACCAUGACAUCCUCAUGGGCAUGUUCAUGAUGGACGACCACUCGUCUUCCUCCACCUCAGCUAAUAAUAACCUAAUUACAUCCUCGUCCUCAUCCUCGUUGUCAACCAUGCAUCAUCCCUUAAUGACUACGUCCAUGAUCAAUAUUGAUCCCUUUCCUAAUAGUACCCUAAUCGAUCACCAGAAUCUAAACUACACGCCGAACGAGGGUUUGUACUUCAACGUACAACCCUGCGUUGCGCAAUCAAGAAUCGUGUACGACGAUGAUAAUCAGAACAAUGGGGCCGCGGCGGUGUUUGAUGGCGAUCGCGUUGUGCGAAUGGAAGGUCGUGAUUUGAUCUUCAACAUUCCACCGCUAGAGAGCACAAAUAUGAUCAAGGAGGAAGAAAACUCGAAAAUCGGAAUAAUUAGUGGUGGUGGUAAUAAUUAUAGUAACAACAUUAGUAACAUCAAAGUGGAGAAUGGGGAAUUAGGGUUUGGGGGCUAUUGGGAAGGAGGAGAAGAAGUAAGAGUGGGGGAAUGGGAUUUUGAGGAAUUAAUGAAAGAUGUUGCUUCCUUCCCCCUCCUUGACUUCCAAGUUGACUAACCUUUAACCCUACCAUACAUACAUACAUAUAUACAUACACCUUCUCUCUCUUCCUAUAUACAUAUAUAUACCCCUAUUUUUUCAAAACUCUUUCUUAUUGAAAUGAGACAUAAAGGAGAGAAACAAGUGCCAAAAUUCAUGGUCUUCUUUGUAUAAAUUUGUGGAUUUUUUUUUUUUUUUUUUAAAUUCGAAGAUAUUCGAGUUUUACUUAAUAUGAUGAGACGAAGUAAAAGUGUAGUUCUAGUGAUUUUUCGUUAUUCCAAGUAGCUAGGGUUCGUAUCAUAAUCAUACUUUGAUAAGAGAUGUGUGAAUAGAUAUGUCGGCAGGCAUAAAAGUCACGAGGGUUAUAUUAUAGUUAGAGAAAUUUGUACUCAAUUGUGUUAAUAAAAUGUCAAAGGGUUAAUUAAUAAAGCCUUAACUAGUGGGCUUAUAUCUUGUAAUUAUGAAUAUUGAUGAUUAUGUAGUGGAAUUUGUUUUUUCUUCUC